ACAAUUGCGGGUCUACAUCACUGAAACCACGUACCUCGCAUCGGCCAUUCGCUGCCCAAGUGUCCUGGAUUUACCGCUGAACAAAGGAAAGUAGACGAUUUCCCUUAUCUUUCAGCAGGUGCUCUUCUCACCAGCAGGUCAGUGAUGGUCAGUGGUCAAGAGCUGCGGCCGAGGAUGUCAGCUUCAGAUUCAGAAUGUUCUAUCGACUGGCUGGCCAGUGACGAUGAGGGGGAUGUCGACAGCGAGCCGGAGUCAGAGUGCGAGCGGACCCGCAGGAUGCGGGCUGGCACCCCUGCAACCAACACCGUCCGGAGCCCUCGACCCAGCGAGGGGAGUACCGACAGCCCGCUGAAGGAGGAGACAGCCAGGUACUCCAGGAGCUGCUCCCCCUCCAGCUGCGCCAGCUCCCUCAGCGUGGAGGGGGAGCUUUCUCCAGUGGCACGGGAGGACCGGUCUGUCUACAACCGCACCUCGGGAAGCCCUAAAGGCAAAAGCAGGCAAGCACCGAAGAGAGCGCAGAGUUCGGCGACACUUGAGCCAAAGGAAAAGCAGCUCGCCACCAAGCCAAGCGAGAAGGACCAGCUGUUUGCGUGCAAGUGUGUGGAGUUGCAGUGCUACAUUCACCCACUGUCCUCAAUCCUGAACGGUCUCCGCUCUGGCAGAUACCGAGAACGGCUCAGCACUUUCCAGGAGAGUGUGGCUAUGGAUCGGAUUCAGAGGAUAAUGGGGGUCCUACAGAAUCCAUGCAUGGGUGAGCGCUAUGUCGACAUCAUUUUGAAAAUGGAGGAAAUGCUGAAGAGCUGGUUUCCUCACGUGAAGCCUCACCCACAAACCGCUGCCACCAAGAUGACGCAAGAGACGGCCCCGCCGAAGAAACCCAAGUUGUCCUCAGCUAUGGUCAGCCCUGCCACUACCAGUGCCCCUCCUGUGGGUUCCAAGGCCUUGCAGGUCAGUGACCUCACCCCCCCAGGACCCUACUCUGCUACCAAUCUGAAAUGGCUCCACACGACUCCCAUCUGCUCGCCCACGGCCGAGCAGGCACAGGGGACAGUCCGGAACUUUCUAACAACGCACAGCGAAGAGGAUGUCACCCAGGACAACUCUGUGUCCUCCACUAUGGACAACCCGCAUAUGGAGCCUGUGCCGAGUCAGCCUCCUCUGGGCAAGAUCAACGCUCCAUGCCUCGAGAGACUGCUGAAAUCCACGGAGAGCAUUAUCAGCCAGAAAGGCUCAGGAGGAGCAGGCAACAUGGCAGCUGGGGGCUGGUCCUAGUGGUCAGUGAGGGCUCUGAGAGCUCAGAGCCAGCCCAGUGACCGUCGAGUUAGUCAGCUCGCUCCAGUGCAAAGCUCCCUGCUCCACUUCAGCCUUCUGGAAAUACCCAGGGCAGAGCAAGCCCAGCUUAGCACAUAGCAGGACACAGCCUUCAGACACACAAACGUAAGAGAGCAUCAGCAUGUGACUAGUGCGCAUCAGUGUGUCCUUAUAUAACUUGUGUGCGUCAGCAUUGACUCCUCUCUUGUGGAAUGGUUUGCGCGUGUGCGUGUGCGUGUGUGUGUGUGUGUGUGUGUGUGUGUGUGUGUGUGUGUGUGUUGAUUGAUAUGUUGUACGUUAAGAAAGCCCUCAGAUGUUGAGGCUCUCUGAGUUGUCUUUAAGAAGGAUAUCCCUUGUAAGACAGAAAUUGUGUAGAUUAUGGUAGCUCAAUCUGUUGAUGCAGCAUAUUGGUAUCUGUGAAUAAAGUCAAGCAUUACUUCAGAAAGGGAAGGGAAAAGAGGGAGUAAUGUGUUUUUUGGGAACACUUCAGAUAUUCCAAUGUGUCAGUGAUCUCUGUAGUUGUAGCUAAAGUACAUGGGCUGAAUGUGAAUUUUGCUUUUUCUUUUCCCCAUAUCCACUCUACCGAGUCGGUUGAUGUGACUGUUACUUCAUAGGUAUAAACUAGCUAUGUUUUUGGUACAACGGUGCUACCUCAGUCUGUCGCCAUGUCAGUGGUUGUUUAUAGAAUGAAUAAGAACUAACAAACACUAAUGUCGAUUUAGAGAGAGGGGGCCCUACAAAGAUCAUGGUGAGCCAAAUUUGCCUGUAGUGCCAGGGCCUGGCAUAUGGCCGAUUCUGAUUGUCCACACCCAGGGGUCUCUCUCUAAGAAGCUCCAGAGGCCUGACAGGUGCCAUUGUAUAGAAUGUGAACUGCAUUUUUUUUUCUUUUUCUGAGAGUCUCCCAGUUCAACGGCAUCCAGUGCCUGUUAAUUUGAUGUCAAGCUGUGCCUGUACACUGGUUUUAAAGUGGGCGAAAAACCAUCUGGAAUACCUGCAACCUCUGAGCGAUGUACUAAAACAGACCAAUCAGGAACCCUCACAACUCCUGCCAUUUCCUGCUAUCACAUAAAUUAUUAAAACUUUUGCCAAUUACUCCCUGUGGUCACGUGGGACAAUGAUGUAUUUGGCCACAGAGCUGAAUGAUAUCUGAGAGGGAGAAGGUAUUCAACGUUUGUGUAAAACAAUUGAGGUUGUUAAUAUACCCUUGCGAAGUGGCCUUUAUAGUGUGAUAUUUUAUACUUUUUAAAUAAAUGUGGUUAUAUUUGUUUGACGUA